AUUCCAAGUAUGAGAAAGAGAAAAAACCCAGAUUGAAAGGUUAACUAGCAAAUUAUGACUACAGUCUGCUCCCUUGGCCUCUCAGGCCUCGCCACACCGCGCAGGCGUUCCACUGGUCCUUUACUCCGCUCUUUGACCUCCUGCCUCACCCCCCCCUCCUCCGCAGCCACCGAGCGGCUCUUCCGGUGUUGUAAAGGCGGUUCCGGUUCGCGGCGGUUCCCGGGUUUUGCGUUCCGCGCCCGGCCGGAAACUCCUUCGCUUGGCAGCCGGUUCCGGUUCGGACUUUGUAUCUUUGCUAAAGUCAGUGAUGUGAAAAGACUUGACAUGGAUGAUAUUGCUGAUAGGAUGAGGAUGGAUGCUGGAGAAGUAACUUUAGUGAACCACAACUCCAUAUUCAAAACUCACCUCCUGCCACAAACAGGUUUUCCAGAGGACCAGCUAUCACUUUCUGACCAGCAGGUUUUACCUUCCAGGCAAGGAAAUGUGGACCGAUCUUUUACAUGUUCCAUAAGAAGUGCAGCUUAUAAUCCAAAUUACUACUCAGACAACCCUUCCUCAGACAGUUUUCUUGGCUCAGGCAACUUAAGAACCUUUGGCGAGAGUGCGAAUGGCCAGUGGAGAAAUUCCACUCCAGUAUCAAGCUCAACUUUACAAAAAUCAAGAAACAGCCGAAGUCUUUACCUCGAAACCCGAAAGACCUCAAGUGGAUUAUCAAACACUUUCACGGGAAAGUCAAACCAUCACUGCCAUGCAUCUGCAUAUGAAAAAUCAUUUCCUAUUAAGCCUAUUCCAAGUCCAUCUUGGAGUGGUUCAUGUCGUCGAAGCCUUUUGAGCCCCAAGAAAACUCAGAGGCGACAUGUUAGUACAGCAGAAGAGACAGUUCAAGAAGAAGAGAGAGAGAUUUACAGACAGCUGCUACAGAUGGUCACAGGGAAACAGUUUUCUGUAGCCAAACCUACCACACAUUUUCCUUUACACCUGUCUCGAUGUCUUAGUUCCAGUAAGAAUACUUUGAAUGACUCAUUGUUUAAAAAUGGAAAUUCUUGUGCAUCUCAAAUCAUUGGCUCUGAUACUUCAUCAUCUGGAUCUGCCAGCAUUUUAACUACCCAGGAACAGCUGUCCCACAGUGUAUACUCCCUAUCAUCUUACGCCCCAGAUGUUGUUGCAUUUGGAUCCAAAGAUUCUGAUCUUCUCCAUCAACACCACCAUCACCACUCUCUUCCACAUCAGCCAGAUAACUUAUCAGCUUCAAAUACACAAUCCGAAGGAUCAGAUUCUGUGAUUUUACUGAAAGUCAAAGAGUCCCAGACUCCAACUCCCAGUCCUACUUUCUUCCAGGCAGAGCUGUGGAUCAAAGAAUUAACUAGUGUUUAUGAUUCUCGAGCACGGGAAAGAUUGCGCCAGAUUGAAGAGCAGAAAGCACUGGCAUUACAGCUUCAAAACCAGAGAUUGCAGGAACAGGAACAUUCAGUAUGUGAUUCAGUAGAACUGCAUCUUCGUGUACCUCUUGAAAAGGAGAUCCCUGUUACGAUUGCCCAAGAAACAGAAAAAAAAGGUCAUAAAUUAACUGAUAGUGAAGAUGAAUUUCCUGAAAUUACAGAGGAAAUGGAGAAAGAAAUAAAGAAUGUAUUUCGUAAUGGGAACCAAGAUGAAGUUCUCAGUGAAGCAUUCCGUUUGACCAUUACACGCAAAGAUAUUCAAACUCUAAACCAUCUGAAUUGGCUCAAUGAUGAGAUCAUCAAUUUCUACAUGAAUAUGCUGAUGGAGCGAAGUAAGGAGAAGGGAUUACCAAGUGUACAUGCAUUUAAUACCUUUUUCUUCACUAAGUUAAAAACGGCAGGUUAUCAGGCAGUGAAACGUUGGACAAAGAAAGUGGAUGUAUUUUCUGUCGACAUUCUUUUGGUACCUAUUCACCUGGGAGUACACUGGUGUCUAGCUGUUGUGGACUUUAGAAAGAAGAAUAUUAUCUAUUACGACUCUAUGGGUGGUAUAAAUAAUGAAGCCUGCAGGAUCCUCUUGCAAUACCUAAAGCAAGAAAGCAUUGACAAGAAAAGGAAAGAGUUUGACAUCAAUGGCUGGCAGCUCUUCAGCAAGAAAAGCCAGGAAAUUCCACAACAGAUGAAUGGAAGUGACUGUGGAAUGUUUGCCUGCAAAUAUGCUGACUGUAUAACCAAAGACAGACCAAUCAACUUCACGCAGCAACACAUGCCAUACUUCCGGAAGCGGAUGGUCUGGGAGAUCCUCCACCGAAAGCUCUUGUGAAGACUGUCUCAGUUAGCAGACCCUGACCGUGUGGGGGACCAGCUCUUUGUUGUCUACAGCCAGAGACCUUGGAAACAGCAGCUCCCAACCCUCUGUUCUUGUAAAGCCCUUGAUCCUGGACCAGUCCCUGGCGAGAUGCAUUCACAAGCACAUCUGCCUUUCCUUUUGUAUCUCAGAUACUAUUUUUGCAAAGAAACUUUGGUGCUGUGAAAGGGGUGAGGGACAUCCCUAAGCUGAAGAGAGAGACUGCUUUUCACUUCUUCAGUUCUGCCAUCUCGUUUUCAAAGGGCUCCAGCCUCACUCAGUCCCUGCUUAGGGGACUGAGAAAAGCUUGGAAAGAAUUUUGGUUUCAUGUAAACUCUUGUUGUUAGGCCUUACUAAGAAGUAGGAAAGGGCAUGGGCAAAAGGUAGGGAUAAAAACCACCAGCAUAUAUGUGCACAUUACACACAUGAUUUUCAAGAUGUGUAGUCAGGAAUGUGACUGUAAACUGGACUUUGGGGCACAUGCAUAAGUCCUGCCUCCAGGACUUUUCCUAUUCAUAUGUCCCUAUAUGAAAUCCAUCUGCUUCUACACAAGGCUGUUUAUCAUCUGUAGCUUCAUCUCAUCCUGAGUCACAGCACAUGAGCCCUGGAUGGACCCCAAAGUCCCAAGCAGUCCUUUCCUUCAGAGCAGGGGUUUGCAUGUGCUAACAGCACAUGUCAUGGGGCAGACCCACCCAGGGAGCGGUCCAGUGGAGCGACAGAGCACCACUUUUACUGCCACCUACUUCUGACCAAGAAGAAGGACCUCAGUCUUUAGCAUAGAAUUCAGUGUUGGAGGAAUGCAGGUCUAGUUUGGUCUGUGGCUAGUUAGUUUAAAUAUGUUUCUAACCACAGAAAAUUUCAUACACACGUGCA